UUUAAGCACUUCUCACGCACGCCUUUAUUGGAAUAGAAUAGGUGUUGGAGCAAUUGACGCCAGCCAUACGCUUAAAACAUCUAUUGAUCUGAAAAUAAAUCGGAUGUAUACAACCAGACUGACAAAAGGUAAUAACUUCAUCGACUUGGUUUCCGUCAACUAAUUACUCCAUCAAAUCUUUGUUAUCGAGAGAAAAUCAACCCUCGUACUAAAUGCUUUAACUCGUGYCUUCAAUGAAAAGAUCCAUCUAAAACAAUGAAUUUCGUCACGUCUAGACACUUCAUUGUGUCACUGUUGGCUUUACUUGCUAAUUUUAUUAGUGCAAAGUCAUUGAUAAACUCUACUGAAUUACCAACAAGUUCUAUGGAUGUCACAACCACGCAAGUAAAAUUGAGAAAUGAAGCCAACACARUUGAAAGUGGUAAUGCGACAACUGUGGCAAAAGAGAGUCAAGAUACAACGACAGCUACACCAGCAAAAGCGGUAACUUCAUUGCAAAGAAAAGAACUGGAAGCUACCACAAUGCAAAUAGUAUCUUCAACAGUAUCUUCGGCAGCAUCUCAAUCUACCACAACAUCUGCAACUACCACUACAACUACAACAUCUGUACCUAUCACUACAACAUCUGCCCCUACCACCACAACAUCUGCACUUACCACUUCAACAUCUGCACCUACCACCACAACAUCUGCACUUACCACUUCAACAUCUGCACCUACCACUACAACAUCUGCACCUACCACUACAGCAUCUGCACCAACCACUGCAACAUCUGCACCAACCACUACAACAUCUGCUCCUACCACUACAACAUCUGCCUCUACCACCACAACAUCUGCCCCUACCACCACAACAUCUGCCUCUACCACCACAACAUCUGCCCCUACCACCACAACAUCUGCACCUACCACCACAACAUCAGCCCCUACCACUACAACAUCUGCACCUACCACCACAACAUCUGCCCCUACCACUACAACAUCUGCACCUACCACUACAACAUCUGCACCAACCACUACAACAUCUGCACCUACCACUACAACAUCUUCCCCUACCACUACAACAUCUGCACCUACCACUACAACAUCUUCCCCUACCACUACAACAUCUGCACCAACCACUACAACAUCUGCCCCUACCACCACAACAUCUGCACCUACCACUACAACAUCUGCACCUACAACCACAGCAUCUGUACCAACCACUACAACAUCUGCCCCUACCACUACAACAUCUGCCCCUACCACUAUAACAUCUGCACCUACCACUACAACAUCUUCCCCUAGCACUACAACAUCUGCACCUACCACCACAACAUCUUCCCCUACCACUACAACAUCUGCACCAACUACUACAACAUCUGCCCCUACCACCACAACAUCUGCAGCUACCACUACAACAUCUGCACCUACAACCACAGCAUCUGCACCAACCACUACAACAUCUGCCCCUACCACUACCACAUCUGCCCCUACCACUAUAACAUCUGCACCUGCCACUACAACAUCUGCACCUACCACUACAACAUCUGCACCUACAACUACAGCAUCUGCACCAACCACUACAACAUCUGCCCCUACCACUACAACAUCUACCCCUACCCCUACAACAUCUGCCUCUACCACUACAACAUCUGAACCUACCACCACAACAUCUGCACCUACCACCACAACAUCUGCACCUACUACCAUAACAUCUGCACCUACCACUACAACAUCUGCACCUACCACCACAACAUCUGCACCUGCCAUUAGAACAUCUGCACGUACCGCCACAACAUCUGCACCUGCCACCACAACAUCUGCACCUACCACCACAACAUCUCCACCCAGCACUAAAACAUCUGCACCUGCCAUUAGAACAUCUGCCCCUACCACCACAACAUCUGCACCUACCACCACAAAACUUACCACUACAACGUCUCAACCAACAACAACGUCGCAAACAUAUACAUCUAGCAAUGAAUCCUUGUCCUUAGACAUCAAUAAAUCAUCUUCAACAACCACUACAACCGUAUCCCAGUCUACAAAAGGCCCAUCAAGUACCAAAACAAAACCAGCUUCGCAAAGUAACAAUGUACGGCACACUUCUCAUACCAAUUCAAUUACAAGCUUCAAGAUACACAAUGAAACAAUUGAAGGAACAACAGGGCCAACUAAUGGUACUGAUAUUAAUGACAUAAAGGCAUCAAAGCAGGCUCGUAAAGGGAUGAGCGCGGGCGCAAUUGCUGGAUUAAUAAUGAGUGUUUUUAUCGGUGGCGCUAUUCUAACAGCCGCGAUCAUCAUUAUCGUGAAAAAAUACUGUACUAGAACGCCAGACUAUGAAGAGGUUGAAUUGAACGAGCUUUGAGUCUCUUGAUAUUGAGGAGAGUUGAAGUGUUCUAUUAAUGCCCAGCUGUUCAGCUUACAACUGAAUUAUUGGAAUCACAACUGAAUUAUUGGAAUCACAACUGAAUUAUUGGAAUCAUCAGUACCAGAAUAAUGAAGCUGACGAAAGGCGGGCGGAUUUAAUUUUCUAGCAGAUACUAGUAAAUAAGACAUCUUUUAUAUCAAUAAAUAGUUAUUAACGAUAAAUAGUUUGAAAUAGCGGACUACAUGAAGAUUGCGUUGUGACUCAAUUGUGAUGUAAUGUGGUGGGACCAUCAUCCACAAUGGAUCCCUCGGAGGAAUCUUCUAAUCUCUCCACUGUCGAACGAUUUGCAGCUAUUGGAUAAAUAGAAGCACUUUGAAUUGUUUAUAGCUUACCUGAGUAAACUGCUCUGAAAGUGCAUUUACUUUCACUUGACCUAUAAAAUAUGUUGGAUGUCAAUGCAAUUGGUUCUCCCAAGAGGAGGUUAAAGCUUAUGAUAAAGACUGGUAAGAUCUGCGAUGAGAAGACUGUACGCUGUAAAUGAUAACAGACCUGAAUGUUCAUGAAAACCUGAACUGAACAGUUUCUACAUAAGUCAUUUAAAGAGUAUUUAAAUAACCAUUACUGAAGUUUAUUGGYGAAGUGAACAAUGUCCUGUUCUUGAUUUUGUAUCGUUUUAAGAUAUUAGUAUUAGAAUUAUGGAUUUCGAGAUUUUAAAAUWGCAACAAAUGAAAUCAGAUGAACUACUAGAAUCCCUCAAGUAARCUUAGUAUGGGCAUGUCCAAUCCAGUCCCCCUCCACCUGUAACAAUCAGGUCCGAAGGUCGUUGAUUUUUGAUAUUGGUUCUCAUURCGUAUCAUCUAAACUAUGCGUGGGUUUUUUACUGUUUUCCCUGCAGAGACUUCAGACAAUAAUAAUUUAAUACAAGGGUAGGAAGCUUCGUAUUUUCUCAUUAGAAUCUACUGUGGAAGCCUCUGUUAGCUGAGAAUGUGUCAUACUGUUUUUAUAAUUGCAAAGUUUUAAUUUUUAUAAAGAGGGAAUUUGAUUGGAAAUCGUCUUCGUCUUCUGAUAAUCUGAAUUCUGUUUGUUGAACUCUUUUCAUUUUGAAUUUUCUUUGAUAUAUAUGUGGAGGAUAUUACAUUGGCUCGUGGAGAUACAGCGCCGUUGGAAAGAUUCAGUUCAACGACGAGGAAUCCGUAUCUCCAAGUCACUGUCUAUAAAUCAUGCAAUUAUCCAUGAAUGCAAAUUUUAUUUUAAAAAUAACUUUUAUUUACCUCCACUAUAUAGAGGUACUACGGAUAAGUUAGUUUUAUAAGMGGGAAAUAAAACGUUUUCGAAAGUGAGAAAUUAGUAUUUCAUUGAUAAUUAUAUGAUAAAAAUGGAUAUCUGCUGCCAUGAUAUAUGGUACAAGAUGAUUUAGCAAUUUCUUCUAGUUUAAUAACUUAAUUGUAAUACUUUUCUGAAAUGAUUGUUGAUAGAUACGAAAAAUAAAAGUUUUUCAUAUGAUAA